AUUACCCUUUUUCCAAUCAGAUCAAAGUGUCACAGAGAAAAUAUCUACAUUUUUUUUUUAUUUUUCCGAGAAACAGCGAGAAAAUUAGGAAAGAAAAUUUAUAUGGUAUUAUAACAAUAAUGCGCUGAGAGCGAACUCACUGGAGCAAAUUCGUCACUGCUCAAUCACCUUCCCUCUCCGAGAAAGCAGCUCAUUUCCGAUAAAUUAGAUUUCUGUUCUUAUCUUGAGACUUUUUCGCUAUAAAAUUUUUCUCCGAUUUCGAUUUUCACUUUUUCUGCUUUUACCCACAAUCUAGCGCCGGCAAUCGUUCGGAAACGCAUGCAUGCGAGUGUGAACAAUUUGUCUCUUGAAUUUCUUUUUGCAUUUUCUAAUCGUCAAUCGGAUUGAACCGAUCGGAAUUUUCUGUUUGGAUAGAAGGAAAUUUUUUUAAAAUAAAAAAAGAAAAAAAGGAUUUUUUUUUUAAAGAGAGAGAGAGAUUGAGCGUGAGCUCGGCGGAGUGAGUUUCUGGAGUAUUUUGUGAGUGAUCUGUGGUGGUGAGAUGGGGAAGGUCGCGGUGGGGGCGGCGGUGGUGUGCACGGCGGCGGCGGUUUGUGCGGUGGCGGCGCUGGUGGUGCGGCAUCGGAUGAAGAGCUCGGGGAAGUGGGCCCGGGCCAUGGCGAUACUGAAGGAGUUCGAGGAGAAGGGUGCGACUCCGAUUGGGAAGCUGAGACAGGUCGCCGACGCCAUGGCCGUCGAGAUGCACGCCGGCCUCGCUUCCGAAGGCGGCAGCAAGCUCAAGAUGCUUAUCAGCUACGUCGAUAAUCUCCCCACGGGAGACGAGAAAGGACUCUAUUAUGCUUUGGACCUUGGGGGCACUAACUUCCGCGUGCUGCGUGUACAAUUAGGUGGCAAAGAAGGACGUGUUGAUAAACAAGAAUUUGACGAAGUUUCAAUUCCCCCCCAUUUGAUGACUGGGUCGUCAGAUGCAUUGUUUGAUUUCAUAGCCGGAGCACUUGCAAAGUUUGUGUCUGAAGAAGGUGAAGGUUUUCAUCCUGCACCUGGUAGGCAAAGGGAGCUGGGUUUUACCUUCUCAUUCCCCGUGAGGCAGUUAUCAAUUUCAUCGGGGACUCUUAUCAAGUGGACUAAAGGCUUCAAUAUUGAGGAUACGGUGGGACAAGAUGUGGUGGCUGAGUUGACCAGAGCAAUGGAAAGAAUAGGGCUUGAUAUGAGGGUUGCAGCCUUGGUCAAUGACACGAUUGGAACAUUGGCCGGGGGAAGAUACACCAACCAGGAUGUCAUUGCCGCUGUGAUUUUGGGCACUGGGACAAAUGCUGCUUAUGUAGAGCGAGCUCAUGCCAUUCCCAAGUGGCAUGGGCUUUUACCAAAGUCAGGAGAGAUGGUAAUUAACAUGGAGUGGGGUAAUUUCCGGUCAUCUCACCUUCCUCUAACAGAUUAUGAUCAAGCACUGGAUGCUGAGAGUUUGAACCCUGGAGAACAGAUUUUUGAGAAGAUGAUUUCUGGCAUGUAUCUAGGGGACAUUGUACGUAGAGUUUUGUGUAGGAUGGCUGAAGAAGCCGACUUUUUUGGUGACACUGUUCCGCCCAAAUUGAAGAUUCCUUUUAUACUAAGGACUCCUGACAUGUCUGCAAUGCAUCAUGACACGUCUCCAGAUCUGAAAGUGGUUGCAACCAAGCUAAAGGAUAUUCUAGAGGUACAAUAA